AUGGCCCGUUAGCGUUUUGAUAAGAUUCGAACUUUAUUUCGAAAUUUGCAAUUCAUGAUGACCGUGUACGCUUGAUUUAGACACAGAAACAAAAAUACUUUUUUAUCUAUUAAUCGAAAGAAAAAUUACCUUAUCCUUACAUUUGUUAUCUAGGUUUAAUUUGAUUUACAAAAGGAAGGCACAUCGAAAAGAGUUUUUUUCAUAAUCUGGUUAUAUUUUUUGAUAUGAGACACUUUAGGUUUAGUUCAGCAGUAGCCGAUGGAUCGGUAAACGAAAUUUAAGUCCGAUGUAUAUUAGAGUACCUACGCUUUUCAAGAUACAUUGGUUUGAGUUCACUGUGGUCGCUAAAUAAAUGUAGUAAACGCUACAUGGAUGAUGAUGAUUCUAAAAUUAUCAACGUGACCAAAGUAAAUGCAAUGUAAAUGUUUUUUGUAAUUUAGUAAGCUCAAGCUUACUUCAGAUACAUUUUAUACUCAGCAAAGAUGACUUCUUGCAUCAUAAAUAAAAACUGAUUGGAAUUCCGCUUGCCACUGAUGCGAUAAAGUAUUAUAAAAACUCUACAGAACAAUCUCUAAAACGUUUUAUCGUUUCGUAUUGAUAAGAGAAAUUACUCGGGUGAUAGUAUUAUUUAUUAAUUGUAUGUUUUAUAAACAUUUAAAGCACAACAUUUGUAUUUUGAUAAAUAUACAAUAUUAUCAGUCAUUUAUUUGACCUAAGAUAAAAUUGUGAUAAAAGCAUAUCUUCAUAAUUGUUCCAAUUAUCUCCGAGUGAACACUGCUAGUGUUGGAUUUCAUCGGUGCAAGUAUGGCUGGGUUUAUAUUCGAAGGACAAGUUGAAAGUUUGUCAUCGCGACAGCAAGAGUUUAUUUGCAAUGUUGUUGCGAAACUUGGGUUCAAAAAUAAUAACAUAAAUAUAGAAGAAGUCGGGAAAGCUGGUGAUAAUUACAUAGCCAACGUUAAAAGAAUCAUCAUAAAUAAUAAUGGUGAAAAGUUUAAAAUGAUUGCAAAGAUAGCGCCAACGAAUAAAAUAGCAAGAGACAGGUCAGGAAUUGACGUAGUGUUCAUAAAUGAAAGUAUUAUGUACCAAGAAAUUCUGCCAACGUUAGUCAAUCUACAGAAAGUACAUGAUGUACCCAAAGAAGAUUUAUUUCGUUAUGCUAAGUGUUAUGGAGUUUUGACUGAGGCACCUCAUGAAAUGAUUCUUUUGGAAGACUUAAAAAUAUCAGGAUUUGUUACAUUGAAUCGGUUCACAUCAUUAACAAAUGAGUAUGUUAAAUUGGUUCUUAAGAAUUUUGCAAUUUUUCAUUCUCUGUCAUUGUAUUUGAAAGAACAAAACCCGGAAACCUUCUCUAAAUAUUGCAAACGCCUUAUAGACUUUUUUGUUAAGCUCAGUGAAUCCCACGAUUUUAGGUAUUACUUAGAAAAUAUUGAAAAAGACGCCUUGGAAGUAUUAGAUGAGGAAAAGUAUAAGGAUGUGGUUCGUGGGUCUAUUUCAAAAAUGCCAGAAAAGUUAGCGAACCUUGCUAAAGAUGUUUUGCAAAUGAAACAGUCAGUAUUGAUUCAAGGAGAUGGUUGGACCAAUAAUAUUAUGUUCCAGAUUGAAGACGAGAAUCCUGUGAGCUGCGUGUUGAUAGAUUACCAGCUUUCAAAAGUGUCAAAUCCUGUCUGCGAUAUUCUGUACAUGAUUUUUGCUUGUACUGACCACGUAACCCGUCAGAAAUAUUAUAAUGAAUGGAUCGAUUACUAUUAUUUAAAACUUGAAGAAUCACUAUCACAUUUUGGUAUUGAAGUUAAUAAUAUAUAUACAAGAAGCGAGCUAAACGAUGAUCUCAAGAAAUAUUCCAAGCUUUUUUUCGAUAAUUCAUUGAUGUUAUUUUCGAUAUUUAUUAGAAAAUCCGAAGAUGCCGCUAAAGUAAAGAAAGCUAUUGAAGAAGGAGAAAAGUAUGAAAAUAUGCUAGAGACCUUUCAGAUGAGCAAUUUAGAUAUGGAGUCUUUGUCUUUAUUCAAGAGUAAAAUAGAGGGAUUAAUUGAUAGCUUUAAGGAGUUCGGGUAUAUUGAUAUUAAAAUUUCAAGAUCCUGUUUCACUUCCUUUUAUAUCCUUAUAAAUAGAACUUGUUGUUAUUAUUUUUUAACAAACCGUUUGUGCAUCUACAACAUGGCAGGAUUAGUAUUCGAAGGGGACACAAAUAGUGUAAGUAAAACACAACAAGAGUAUAUUAUUGAAGUGCUACAGAAAAGGAGAUAUAAAUAUGGUAAAAUUUGUAUUGAACCAGUUGGAAAAGCUGGUGAUAAUUAUGUAGCAAAUGUUAAGAGAGUUAUUGUCAAUAAUAAUGGACGCGAUAUUUUCAAAAUGAUUGCAAAAGUUGCUCCUACUAAUGAAUUUGCUCGUGCUUCUGGUAUUCCUGUGUGGUUCAGAAAUGAAAGUGUACUCUAUGGGGAAAUAUUUCCAAAAUUCAGGGAACUACAACAAAAAUUACAAGUUGAUGAGUCAUACCUACUUCGAGUUCCUGAAUGUUAUGGUAUUUUGAGUGAAGAACCAAAUGAGCUUAUUUUGCUAGAAGACUUGGAGCCGCUUGGGUUUGUAAUAGAAGAUAAAGCAAAGCCACUGCAGAAUGGAAGUGUAAAAUGUAUAUUGAAAAAAUUUGCUGUGUACCAUUCAUUGUCAUUUAUAAUGAGGGAAAAAAAUCCUUGUACGUUUGAAAAUUCUUCGAAAAAGCUUUACAACAUAUACUGCAACAUGAACAAAAUGCCUGGAUUUGAUCAGUAUUUGGCAACAGUUUUAAAUAAUUCUAAGGCAAUAAUAAAUGACAAUGAUUAUGGUAAAGUUUUUGAUGUUUUAACACAGCAGUGGCCUACGUUGCUAGAGAAAUUGACUAAAGAUGAAGAAACAUCAAAAUACACCGUAAUUAUUCAUGGCGAUGCUUGGAUCAACAAUGUUUUGUUCAAACAUAAAGAUGACGGUCAAGUAGACUGUGUUCUCAUUGACUAUCAGCAAUCUAAACUUGGUAGCCCUGCCUGCGACGUCCUUCACGUCAUUUGCACAAGUACUGACCACGAAACCAGACACAAAUAUUUCAACGAAUGGAUGGCCUUUUACCAUUCCGAACUAGACAAAUGUUUGGCCAACCAUGGUUUUAAGGUCAGCGAAGUCUAUUCCAGGAAUCAAUAUGACGCUGAUAUUCGGACAUAUUCCAAAGUAUAUUUUGUCGUUGGUUUUCUUAUGUUUGCCCUUAUGUUUAUCAAACCAGAAGAUGCUGCUGCCUUCAAAGAGUUAGCAGACAGUGCCUCCGGUGAAGAUAUGAACGCAGUUCUGCAAAAUGCGGCCGAUAUCAUUUCAAAAAUAAAUUGUUUAGAGUUAAGAAGUAGAUUGGUCGGUCUUGUUGACAGUUUCCGAGAAUUUGGGUUUAUUGAUUUCUAAAACCUAGAUUUUACAAAAAGAAGUAGGUACAAGAUUAAAAUAUUACUACUAAACUCUAAUAUAUUAUAACUUGUUAUUAUAAAACGAAUUACUAAACAAGAUAAAACUUGUGUAUAAAUGUCUUAAUGUGUUAUAACACGAUAAUGUAACGAACAAAUUAACAUUAUUAUUCACUUCAUGUAACGUAUACUUUGCUAACACAAAUAUUGAUAUAUCAAACAAAAUCGAGUAAAUAGUGAUGUUGCUUGGGUAUAUUUAUAUUUCUAAAGUGUUAUAAGCCGUACGUUAUUUGUUUUGCUAAGAUUGUAAUCUUCUAUACUUAUAAUAAAUCUGUAGAGAGGUCAAUUCUGUACAUGGAAUAUAUUUUCAAAAUAACUAUCAGGGGGUGAUUAAUGAUCGAUACUGAUGCUAAAAAUGCAAUCAGUAAAAUUUUUGUCUGUCUGUCUGUCUGUCUGUAUGUUCUUUAUAGAAACAAAAACUACUUGACGGAUUUUAACAAAACUUGGUACAGUUAUUCUUCGUACUCCUGAGCAGGUUAUAGUAUACUUUUCAUUACAAUACAAUUAGUAGGAGCAGAGCAGUGAAAGGAAAUGUUGGGAAAACGGGAGAAGUUACUUGAUUUUUUAAGCUUCCGUCGCGUGUGCAGCCUUAAUGGUUAAAGCUACAGCAAA